AUGUAUCCAGUAUCCACGGUUCGACAGGUGGUCCCUGAGCACCGAGAUGUAGUUGGAGUGGUAAUGGAAGAGAGGCAAGAGGAAUGUACGCCGCACGGCGAGGAUAAUACCAUUGCAGUCAUUCAUGGUGACUACCGUGCUAAAAUCGCACAGGACCUGCUAUAG